AUGCUCAGUAUCUUUCUCAAAAAAGCGACGGCUGUCGCAUUACUCUUCCUUGGUCAUGUCUCCUCCCAGCAGAUGGAACUUAGCGACUGUUCUCUCCUUGGACCGAUAUAUCCUAUGCCCGCAAACAUCACUGCAUCCCCUGUCAUUCAAGAAACUCAAGCUGCCUUCAACGAUAUCCUUGAUGAAUCAUUCGUCAAUGGCACCACAUCAUGGGGCCGUUUCAACGUGGUGAAUAUUUCCGCCUCGAUUGGAGUUUUCUCAGCACAAACAGGAGACUUUUUGAGCGAGUACCACCAUGCUGGAUCUGGGCAUCUGGUUCAAGAAGGUUUGAUCGGUGGACAGCUAAAUGCGGAAACCUUGUAUCGCAUAGGGAGCGUUGGGAAAGUCCUGACGGUUUACACUUUCAUGGCUAAGUUGGGAAGUAAAUACUGGUCCGAACCAGUGGUCAACUUCGUGCCAGAAUUGAUGGACGCGCGAGACGACGGGCCAGUUCGCAGCAUAAACUGGUCUCAGAUUACUCUGGGAUCAUUAGCCCGGCAGAUGAGUGGCUUGCCCCGAGAUUACGCAGUCACUGAUCUCGCCCGUAUUCCUGGCGUCACAGAGGUCGGCCUACCUAAACUCAAUGCAUCGGAAAUCCCAAACUGUGGAGGACCAGGAGAGAAGCCAUGUACACCCGCAGUAGAGUUUUUGCGAUUCAUCGAGGCACAAACCCCUGUUGCGGCAUCUUGGGACACGCCAAUUUACUCCAACGAAGCGUUCCAGCUCUUGGGCAUGGCGUUCGAAAACAUCACUGGCGAAGCGAUCUCAGAUUCUUUCAAAUCAGAUAUAGCGAAGCCGCUCGAUCUGAAACGAAGCUUCUGGACCCCGCCUAUCAAUGACGCAAAUGCCAUGGUUGUCAAUCCGCCAGGUGCUCACAGAUUCGAUGAAGAUAUCGGAGAUUUCUCGGCUGCCGGAGGUCAAGUCAUGUCGCUUGGCGACCUAUCGUCCCUGGGCCGUUCAGUGCUCCGCUCAUCGCUGCUCCCUCCAGCCCUCACACGAGAGUGGCUCAAGUCGACUUCCUUGACGAGCGACCCAGGUUACGUGGUUGGGAUGCCGUGGGAAACACUUCGCAUGGAUGUUCCCAUCUCGCUCGGCUCAAACAAAACUCGGGUUGUAGACAUCUACUCCAAAAACGGUGGACUUGGUGGCUACAGUUCUUGGAUUUUUCUGUCCCCGGAUCACGAUAUUGGAUUUACCAUUCUUGUCGCAUCGCCGGACGUACAAGCCAGUGGAACAGCAGCUCUUGCAGCGCUUUCCAAUCUCGCCCUAGCAACAUGGAUUCCUGCAGCCGAAGCAGCUGCUCGAGCAGCUGCCAUCGCCAACCUCGCAGGGUAUUACGCUGUCGCCAACGGAGGGAACUCUUCAAUCUCACUAGAAGUAGUCCCUGGUUACAAGGGAUUGCAGAUUGCCGAGCUCACGUAUAAAGGCACCAACGUCUUAGAAUUGCUGGCCGAAGAUGGUGCAACACUACAAUACAUGAACCUUAAUGAUGAUGACGGGCAACUUACAUUUCGCGCAAUCCCUCAAUACCUGCGGUCUCCACCAGUCUCUCCAUCGAAAUACGGGCUGCUCAAUGAAUGCAGUACUAAUUGGGCUGCUGUUGAUACUUUCAAGUACGGCGGAUUUGGCCUGGAUGAGUUCAUCAUUGAUAUCGAUGGGACUGGGAAGGCGACGGCUGUACUUGCACCUGCCUUGCGAACAACAUUUUUGAGAAGAGAUGCAUAG